CUUCCGAUCCGAACCAGCAAUCCACAAAGUCAGCUGAAAACUCCAAGGCGCAAACCCCGACCCACCAACCGCCGCCGCCGCCGCCGCCACCUCCGCCGUCGCCGUCGCCGCCACGAUGCCCAUCUUCAAAGCCCCCUUCAACGGCUACUCCGUCAAGUUCAGCCCCUUCUACGAGAACCGCCUCGCGGCGGCGACCGCCCAGAACUUCGGCAUCCUCGGCAACGGCCGCCUCCACGUCCUCGCCCUGCCGCCCACCCCGGGCGCCCCCGUCGCCGAGAUCGCCGCCUUCGACACCGCCGACGGCGUCUACGACGUCGCCUGGUCGGAAUCGCACGACUCCCUCCUCGUCGCCGCCGUCGCCGACGGCUCCGUCAAGCUCUACGACUCCGCCCUCCCGCCCGCCAGCAACCCGCUCCGCUCCCUCCACGAGCACACCCGCGAGGUCCAGAGCGUCGACUACAACCCCACCCGCCGCGACUCCUUCCUGUCCGCCGCCUGGGAUGACACCGUCAAGCUCUGGACCGUCGACCGCCCCGCCAGCGUCCGCACCUUCAAGGAGCACGCCUACUGCGUCUACGCCGCCGCCUGGAACCCCCGCCACGCCGACGUCUUCGCCUCCGCCUCCGGCGACUGCACCGCCCGCGUCUGGGACGUCCGGGAGCCCGGCUCCACCAUGAUCCUCCCCGCCCACGAGUCCGAGAUCCUCUCCCUCGACUGGAACAAGUACGACGACUGCGUGAUCGCCACCGCCUCCGUCGACAAGAGCAUUAGGGUUUGGGACGUGCGGAGCCACCGCGUCCCCGUCGCCGUGCUCAACGGCCACGGGUACGCCGUGAGGAAGGUCAAGUUCUCGCCGCACCGGGGGAGCCUGCUGGCGUCGUGCUCCUACGACAUGACGGUGUGCUUGUGGGAUUACAUGGUGGAGGAUUCGCUCGUGGGGAGGUACGAUCACCACACGGAAUUCGCUGUCGGCGUCGACAUGAGCGUGCUUGUCGAAGGGCUUCUGGCUAGUACAGGUUGGGAUGAGCUUGUUUAUGUCUGGCAACAUGGGACUGAUCCUAGAGCUCCUUGAAUUGGGAUUAAGUUUGAUUCUUUUCGGGUCCCCUCCCCUCGUUGAGCUGAUUUUCUUGUUCUUAUUUAUGAACUUGGAAUCUCAAUUCUGGAUGGCAGAAGUUGAAAGUGUAGCUGUCAUUCCACUGUUGAUCUUGGUAAAUGGCUCGCGAAUAGAUUGACUGUAUAUUAGAUUCAAUAAAGCAGGGCAAGUUUCUAUGUGCA